CAUAUUAUUUAUAGCUCUACGCCCCUCUUCCUUCCUCGCUUAUGUAGUUUUGAUCUAAAAAAAAUGAAGCCACAAAACUUCCCUUCAAAUGUCAUCUUUAUUUUCCUUGUUUUUCUUCUUUGCUCCUAUCUAACAUCUGCCCGUAUCCUGGCAACAGAAGAGGGUGAAAACGGAGUGAAGAUUAAUGGGAAUAUUACUCCUGAUGCUGGAUCAUUUACAGACUUGGAAGAUCUUUCGAAUCUGAUGGGGUUAGAGGAGUGUGAUGACAAAGAUGAAGAAUGUUUGAACCGAAGGAUGAUUGCGGAGGCUCACUUGGAUUACAUAUACACCCAGAAGCACAAGCCUUAGAUUUAGUACACCUUAACCCAUAACUAUUAUAUAAAGUCCUUCACCCGCAAGCAAGGAGGUUUGAGUACUUUAGAUAAAGAAAUACGUACCACGUAUGUAACUAUUUACGUCAAAGUACUUGUACGUGUGAUGUACAUGAUCAAGUUUGUAUUCUACUGCAUGCUGCUUUCUUUCUAAACAUUAAUAUUAUAUUUGCACUAAGGGAAUUGUACUUGUGUUUAACCA